AAACACAAGCAGUCAUGUUAAGAUAGACAGUAACACAAAAGGGUUGAGGACAGCAAGGAAGUGUUACCUCAGAAACUAACAAAAUGAAGAAAGAUUCUACAAAUCUGAGAGUGCGGCUUCCUGUCCUUAUAUUUGCCCUGGAAGUCCUGAUUGUGGUCUUAUAUGCUUUAUUUGUGACUUAUGAUGAUCACAGCAAUGCAUUACUCCAGAACAAUAUGACAAAUCCUAAAGAGAAUGCUGUAUACCAAGACUAUCCCUUUUUUGCUGAUAUCCAGGUGAUGAUCUUCAUCGGAUUUGGCUGCCUUCUAUCCUUCUUUAGGCACUAUGGAUUUAGUGGAAUGGUUUUUAACUUCCUGACUGCCACAUUUUCUAUUCAAUGGGCCAUUUUGGUCCAGGGUUUUUUCCAUUUCUACUAUGAUGGGAAGAUUCAUCUGGGAGUGAUAAAUCUGAUCAAUGCAGAGUUUGCUUGUGCUGUUGUACUGAUCUCAUUUGGGGCAGUGCUUGGAAAGACCAGUCCUGUGCAGCUAUUAAUUAUGGCCUUGUUGGAGGUUCCCAUCUUUGGUGUUGCAGAAUGGAUAGUUGUAAUGUACCUGAAGAUCAAUGAUGCUGGAGGUUCCAUUCUCAUACAUCUAUUUGCCUGUUACUUCGGUUUGGGUGUCACCUACAUGUUGUAUAGACCAGAUCUAAACAACGGCCAUCCCAAAGAGAUUACCAGCUAUAAUUCUGAUAUGCUUUCCGUACUUGGUACACUGUUCCUUUGGGUAUUCUGGCCUUCCUUUAAUUGUGCCUUAACUCUGAGUGGGGAUGACCAGCAUCGUGCCAUUCUUCAUACUUUCAUAGGGCUGAGUGCUUCCACACUAACUGCCUUUGCCCUUUCUGCAAUGCUCAGCAAAAAUGGCAAGUUCAGCAUGGCUGAUGUGCAGAAUGUAACCCUGGCGGGUGGGGUCACUGUCGGUGCCUCGGUUGAUAUGAUGAUCUCUCCUGUUGCCGCUUAUGUGCUAGGGAUGCUGGGAGGCAUGGCUUGCAUGCUGGGCUAUAAGUAUCUUAGCCCUUUCCUGGCACGAAGAUUGCAUGUGCAGGAUCAGUGUGGCAUCCACAAUCUCCAUGGCCUAACUGGGCUUAUCUCAAGUCUAGCUGCUAUUUGUGCCAUUCUCUUGGCCAGUGAGGAAACUUAUGGCCCCAGCCUCUACCAGACCUUUUCAUUUCGUGCACCCAUUGUUGGAGACCCUCGGUUGGAGGAACUGCAGAAACUGAUCCCGGGAUUGGAAGGAGGUCUUGGACGCACAGCACAAGAACAAGCCUUGUACCAAGUGGCUGCUCUGGGAAGUACUAUUGCAAUAGCCAUAGUGGGAGGUGUGCUGACUGGAUUCGUGCUCAAACUGCCAUAUCUGGCCACUCCGAAUGAUGUGUCCUGCUUUGAUGAUGAGCCUUACUUUAACAUUCCUCCAGAUCAGACAUAUAUAGUUGAGAAUGAGAAAGAUAUAUCACUCCAACAAGUAAAUUAAGAAAGAUUUUGUGAUCUUUCAAUGAUAUCAAAACAUUUCAUUUUAAAUUAAGCACUUCUUUUAUUUCACUACAAUUUAAUAACAAUGGUGUUUUUUCUAGAAAAUGUGUUUAAUUUUUGGUCAUUAUCUUCUUGAAAUUGGAUGAUUAUUGAUUUACUAAGACAAGCUUAAAGUUAGGUUUAACAGCUCAACAUUUAAUUUUUCAUUAAAAAUAUAAUAAUAAUAAUCUUUACAAUAAAUAGACAAAAUAUUAGUUAAUCGUUUAUAACCAUUUGUCUACAUUUAAAUAGUUUGUUUAUGCAAUACAUCUGUAUUUAGGAAAUUCUGUGUUUCUUUGUUUCAUUUUUGUACUGACUGUAAAUUUAUAAAUUAUGUUUUAUAUUAGUGUUUAUAAGUAUAGUUCAGUACAUCCUUCAGCUGUACAGUAAAAAGGUUUAACAGACAUAUUAAUACAUUUAACUUUAUAAAUGAACAACAACCAUAAACUGCAUUGUUUGGUUGUUAAAGGUGAAAUAUGCUAAGCUGAUAAGGAUAGUGAUAAGAUAAACAACUAGAGCUUCAGUUAAUCUGCACAUAAAACACCAGAAUGAUGAAAAAGUGUGAUUAUUGUGACUUUAAUUGUGGCAUGGUUGUUCAUGCCAGACAGGAAUGUUUAAGUAUAACAAUAUUAUUAUUAAUAAUAAUUUAUUUACUUCUUGAAAUUCUGUCUGUUUAUCUGUCCGUUAAUGACAUAAUAGUAAGGGUUGUAAGCAUUUAGUUCCCAGUCAAAGGGAAUAUUACUCCCUAAAUUGGUCCUGCAAAAAUAUUCAAACCCAUCAGUUUUAUUGCAGAACUUGCAGGAUUCAUGAAGAUAUAUUUUUAGCCUUCCUGCAGGAUAUUCACUCCUGUCUGAAUCCUAUACAACUGGGUUAAAACCAGUGGGAUUUUUAAACACCUGUACAAUUCCACAUGACACCUUCACAGUCCUUUCCCAAGGGCACAAAAUCCUGAUGGCCUUUUUUAGCAUUUAGGAAUAGAGUUACUAAACUGAAUGCAUGUUAAACCCAAUUCAGGUUAAAAGAUGUCCAAUUCAAACAUAAUUAGAAUUAGGUUGUGACCUUGCCAUGAGACAUAAGUAGUGGCCACGAUUUGUGUAACUCAAGUCCGAGACAUAAUAUAGUGGGUCUUAAUACGCGGCCUCCGGUUACUUGAUGAAAAUGGGAGGAAAAGUCUGGGAUUUUUUUUUGGGAAAUUCACUUAACGUGACACUUAAGUGGUUGACAUGGUAUAGCCACUUAGAUAAGUGAUAAUAUUACACUUUAAUCAAAUCUCAACAUGACACAAAGACAUAAAUGGUAAUCGCUGGUAUUGUAACAUGGCUAUACCAUGUCAAACACUUAAGUGUCACAUUAAGUAUAUUUCGCAGAAAAAAACAACAGACUUUUUCUCCCAUUUUCAAGUAACCGGAGGCCGCGUAUUAAGACCCACUGUAUUAUGUCUCGGACUUGAGUUACACGAAUCGUGGCCACUACUUAUGUCUCAUGGCAAGGUCACAACCUAAUUAUAAUUAUGUUUGAAUUGGACAUCUUUUAACCUGGAAUAGUUAUUUUGGUUAUUAUGGUUAUGUUGCUGUGAUUACAAUGGUCUUAAAAAACCUAAUCAAUAUUUUAAUUUGUGGUCAGCUUAUUAAAAACUAUUAUCCAUCAUGUCGCCUCAGUGGUUUUGUAAACAACAGCCUUGUUAACAUUACAAAUAAAACUCGAAGGCCAUGUAAAGGAAGUCCGUGCACUUUUGACCGGGAAACCCCGUCUCGCCGCCAUUUUGUAAGACAUCCCGGAAGUUGUAUACAAGAAGGUGAACUCAUAAACAAGUCUAGCUAGCAAACUAUCACAUAGCUAGCGUAUUUCUGUUGCACAUUUUGAAGGGUAAUAACAAUAUUUUUGUUUAUAUAUUGCCUAUACGGCGUUUAAUAAGUACGGUUAAGACCAAGUUGUUUCGGAUAUCGGGAUUUGAAGAACCUACGUGAAGAGGAAACUAUAGCUAGUUACAUAGCUAGCAUUAUUUGUCUCGUAUGUUGCUAGCGCGCUAUUUUGCAUCAAUUCCGUUUUGAGGCGAUUUCCACAGAUACGACAGCCAGCGCUCAGACAGAACUCCCAAUGGCAGACGACUUUGAUAUUGAGGCGAUGCUCGAGGCACCCUACAAGAAGGUCAAAUACCAAAAGACUCUCAUCCUGUCACCUGUCUGGUGUCAACAAGAUGAAUGACAGUGGAUGAAACAGGGAUAAAACCUGACACAAACUGGAGGCAGUAUUCACAUUUUUCCAACUCACAUACUUUGUAUUCUAUAUGCUGCCAUCAAAAGUAGUUUUAGAUUGUGCUACCUGGCAGAUCAUCUCGGUUAUUGGAAAACACAGAUGUUCAAAAAAAUAUGAAUACUGCCUCCCAAGCCAUUCACUAGAGAAGGUCUCAGAUAAGUCACCAUCUUGAUUUUUUGCAUGCCCCUCAGCUUUAAGCUUCUCCUUAAUCCAUUUUAUUUUGCCGUUUGCUUUUAGGAAUCUUGUGUGAUACAUCACCAGCGUAAUCAAGGAACUACGUUUAUUUGGCCUUGUUUAACAUGUAUGCAGUAAACUUCCCAACUUGACUUGGUUGUAGGUAUUGAAAAAGACCCUGAUCUUUAAAAAAAAAAAAAAAAAAAACGGGGUGUCAUUGGGUUGGGUAAGGGUUUUCUGUUCGUGAGCUUUUUUUCUUUUCUUCUCCUUUUUUUUCUUUUGGUAUUAAUUUGAUACCUUGUUACAUGGGAGCCGUUCUGACUAAGCCGUGUAAAUCCCUGUCUGCUUCAGGACGAGAUGUAAGACAGAGAUGGCAUCGCGCUCACACAGUCCAACAACACAUAUGGACGAAGAUCUCACCGAAUGACCACCACCGCUGUGGAAACCUGUAUAGUGACCCUUUCUUUAGCAUCAAGCUCUAGGUGUAAAAUAGUAGGGUACUGUCAGAAUUUAGAGAUGAGUCUCCAUUAAGCACCAUGGGUCUUCCGCUAGCCUGCAAACUGUUGCUCCUUUUUGGGGCAAAAAUUUGACUGUGGCACAGCAGCAAGGGCAGAGCAGACAACAGGAAUAUUAACUGUAUUUCUAAAUCAAUGUAUUUUGUAUUUCUCUUGUCCCCCUCCCCCAUUCCCUUGACGACUUGCUAUGUAUCCUGUCCAUCCUCACGAUGUUCUUCUAUCAACCCUGCUUAGGGUGACAGCAAGUCCUUUAGUGCAAACGGCUAUGAAGAACACAGCAGGAAGAAAAGGCACAGUCGAAGUCGCAGCCCAAGUCCAGACCGCCGCAGGAGUAAGAGCAAAGAGCGCAAGAAGGGCAGGGACAGGCGUAAGAGCCGCAGUCGGGAGAGGAAACAAUCAAACAUCAAAGAGCACCGCUCUCGAAGUCAUGAAAAGCAUGGACGUUAUCGACCUCACAAAAGCCCCCACCGCAAACGUUCUCGAAGCAAGAGCCCGGU